AUGGAAAAUAUAAAAAUAAGUUAUGAAGAAAAAGAAAAAUUUCAUAAAGCUUUUAGACAGCAUGAAUUCCGAAUAUUGUUUGAUGAAUAUUUUGAUGAAAUAUCUGAUAUAAAAUAUAGAAAAGAGAAAGAAGAUUAUCUAUUAAGUUUAUAUUUUAAAGGUGAAUUAAAAAAGGAUCAAAUUUUAAUUAAACCAAUUGAGGCAUUUUGUGUUAAAACAAAAAUUCUUUAUGCGAAUCAAACUAAUCAAAAACUAUUUUUAAAUAUUUGUUCACAUGAAGGGAUUGAAAAUAUUUCUUUUCAUAAUAUUUCAAAUAAAUCAGUAAAUAUUCCCUACUCUCUUUCUCAAAUCAGACCCGAUAAAUAUGGAAACAAUUUAAGUUGCUUAACAAUAGAUUGCUGUGUUAACCCAUCCACUGUAGAUAUAAUAAGAAGGUACAAUGAAUUAUUAAAUUUUUUAUUAGAAGAUAUAUGCUUAAAUAUUGAAAGAAAUAUUAUGAAAGAUAAAGAAAAAAUAUGUCUAGAUUUUAAAAUUUUGAGUAAUAUGAAAUGCAAAGGUGAAAAGCCUUUUUUAUUGUGUAUAAAUAAAAAUGUUAUCAAAAAAAACAUUCUAGUAGAAGAAGAAAAAAAGUUAGCUAUCCUAAAAAAGGAGUAUGAAGAAAAAAAUGUAAUAUCAAAUAAUAUCAGUGAAACUCUAAAUAAAAGCAAAAUAGAAACUGAAAUAAAAAUGGGAAAACAAAAUGAAGUAAACAUUUUAAACAAACAAGAAAUAAAUAUUCCUACAGAAAUAAAAAAAGCAAAAAUGGGGAAAAAAAAAGUUUCUAUAUAUCAUCAAGGUUCUUUAAAUGUAUCUUCCUUUUUUAAAAUAAAAGAGCAUAAUAACAUUUCUCUUAAUUUACCGAAUAAAAUAAAAGUUUUAAUUAAUACAGAUAAUUAUGUUAAUAAAAAUGAUGUUAAUAUAACCAUUGAAAAAAAGGUGCUUGAAUUAAAAUUUACCAAUGAAGAGAAAAAUAUAACUGUAAAUUUACCGUAUCCUUGUAAUGACAAAGAUUAUCAUUGUUUUUUAAAGAAAGAUAAAAAAAUAAUUGAAAUAUACUUAAAUUUAUGCGAAGAUUUUGUUAAAGAUUAUGCUAAUAGUAUGUAUGAGAAGUAUUUUUCUAACAAAACUGAAGAAAAUGAUUCAUUAAGUUAUAUUGAUGAUGUAGUGAAAAAUUACGAACAAAAAAAAAUUAUAAAAGUACAUGAAGAUAAGGAGAAUAAGGAAAAUGAAAUGGAAAAAGAAAAAAAUGAAUUAAGAAUUGAAACUGAAAAAAUUAAGACUAAAAGGGAUGAAUAUAAAAAUUAUUCUGAAAACACAAAUCAAAAAUUUUUAGAAAGUGAAAAUUCUUCAGUUAAAGAAAGUAAAGAGAAACUCCUUUGUUUAGAAUCUAAAGAAUAUAUGCCAAAAGAAAAAAAAAAUAAGGAUGAAAAAAAAUUGGUAACGAAUAAUUAUGAAACAAAAUCGGACAAUUCUUUAAACGUAAAUUAUAGAAAGGGUUUUUUAAAUUUUAAUAUAGAAGAAAAUUUAAAUUGCAGCUUACAAGAAGAUUAUAUAAAAAAAAAAAAUAAUAAAAAUGAAAAUAUAAAUAAAGAUGCUUCACAAGAGAAGAAAACAUUAUCUUUUAGUGACACAUUAAAUAAGCAUAAUAAUGUGUUAUAUAAUGAAAAAAAAACUUCCAAUGAUCUGAAUAUAGAAGUUAUUAAUGAAACGAAUUUAUUUAACAAAGAACAAACUGUUAACAAAAUAAUAUCAGCACAUAGUUGUGAAAAUAAAAAUGUAAAAGGGUGUUGCAAAGAGCAAGCUGAGAAUGACGAAAAAUUGAUAUCAAAAAAUAAAAUUGAUAUUAAUGAAAGUGAAUUUUUAUGUGAUACUAAUUUUUAUAAAAAUAUAGAUAGAGGGGUUAUUUUUUCUUGUAUGUUAUGGACUACAUAUAUGUAA